AUGGCUGCUAUUUGUGUUUUCCUUACUGAAAACCCAGUACCUACCUUGUUAGCUGAUGUUUACUAUUACAUGAGCCAUAGGUACACUAAAAAGAAAGGAAUGAUUGCUUGUUGCGCUCCUUUAUUAUAUCAGUGGUUUCUAGAACAUCUUCCGAAGACAGGUGCUUGGGUUGAACAAACAAAUGUUAGUUGGCCUCAGAGAUUGGGAUCACUCCGAUCCGAAGAUCUUUCUUGGUAUUCCAAAGAAUACAUCAACAUGGGCAUCAUAUUCAGCUGUGGGGAUUUCCAUAAUCUACCACUUAUUGGAACUCAAGGAUGUGUGAAUGCUAACCCGGUUCUAUCACUCAGACAACUUGGCUACCCAAUGGAAGGCCCUCCAGAGGCGAGGUCUUUGGAAGCUUUCUUGUUACUUGACUUUGGGGUUGAGAAUCCUAGCUUGUUCCAACGAAUCAAAGAGGCUUGGAAGAAUGUCAAUCAAAAAGGGAAAGUUGAUUCGGGGAGAGCAAAUGGGAUUACAAAAGAACCAUAUUUUCACUGGGUAAAGGAAAGGGUGGUGAUGAUCAAAAUACCGUUUGUCAUUCGGACACUUGUACCUCUUCCUGAACCUAAGCUCACCCAUGUCCCUGUUGAAGAAGUGGAGGAACUCAAGACCACCAUGGCAAAGCUAGAAACAGAGAAUGAAGAGUUGCAGAUAAAACUCCAACAAACCAUCAAUGAGAAAAACACCAUGAAGUGGGAGCUUGAGAGAAAGGAUGCACAACUUCAGGAACAUGUGGAAAAAUUCAACAAAGAGGAGCAUAAGAGGAAAAAGAUCAAAGUGGGACUAGAACAAGCUGACCAUUGCCUAGAUACUCUUAAGGGUCAAUUACGACGAGCUCAGAAAGAAUGUCAAGACAAUGAGUGUUGGUGGCAUCUAGCCACGAAGGAAAACAAGAUGAUAAGAGAUACACUUGGGGCUCAGAUAAAAGAACUCACCAAUUCUAUUCGUCAUGCAAAGGCUGAAGUAGAUCAGGAACGCCGACUCAAGAAUAUAGCCACCGAAGCGUCUAGGGUUUCACCCAUGAUAUGGGAGGAGAAGUGUCAAGAAGUAAGAGACGCAAAAGAGUCUACCAAUUAUUGA